CCGCUGGAUGGCCACGCUGACGCAGAUGCACCGCCUGGGCCGUCCCAAGCGCCCGCCGUCUCCCCCGGGGCCCCUGGACGGGCAUCCUCAGCUGAAAGGGGUGGUGCUGAAGACCCUCAUCCGCAAGCCCAAGAAGCCCAACUCGGCCAACCGCAAGUGCGCCCUGGUGCGGCUCAGCACGGGCAAAGAGCUGAUCUGCUUCAUCCCGGGCGAGGGGCACAACCUCCAGGAGCACAUGGCCGUCCUGGUGGAAGGCGGGCGCAAGCAGGACCUGCCCGGCGUCAAAGUCCGGAUCAUACGGGGCAAAUACGACUGCGCUCACGUCAAAAAGAAGACGGCUUGAAGGACGGAUGCGGCCGGGGGGCCCAAAACACCACCACCCCCGUCCCAUAGGCAAAUCGGGGGGGGUGGGCUGCCCCGAGGAGGACAGAAAGCACCAGACAAAAAACAGUUUCGAAGGAGGCUGCGGUUUCUGGCCGAGUGGCCCCUACAUUGACUCAAUCAACCCACCAAUUGAAUAAAUAAAUCUAUGGGGUUGGGGGCCUUCGACCCCUCCUGGAA